AUGUCUUCAGGAGGAGGUGGUUUUGACACCCAUUUUGACUGGGUGAGGGAGAUCCCCCACUACGACCAGGUCCCUGUGGGGUCUCCGUGGCAUGAUCAGGAAAGUCCUCCUUCCCUGGAAAAAAUGCAUGGAGCAGAGUUGGCUGUCAGCUUGGACCCCUUGCCACCUCCUCCUUUACCAGAACAGCCUGCUGUAGGACCCGAUGUCUUCUACCCCCUGGGCAGUAGCAAGGAGGAACAGCUAGCCAAUGGCUGUGAUGCGAUGGAAAUCAAGCCUGUCCGUCCCUUCAUCCCUGACUCACUCAAGAACUUCUUCCACGCCAGCAUAGCCAAUGGCAGCAAGGACUGGUCUUAUUCCAGUCACCCCCCUUUCUCCCCCUCUAUACCCUCACUGAGGAACAACAUCAACCACACGACAGAGCCAGUCCCCUGUUCUCCUCCUAGUUCUCAACCAGUAACCCCAGUCCUCCUGGGCUCUCACCUGCACACCAACAGUGCCUCUGGUGGAAGUCAUAACAUGGCAAAGGACCACGAUGGUCUUCUGCUGGAUGCUGAAGCAAUAGAGUCUGUAUCUGAGGCACACACACCAUUCUCAUCCAUGACCUACAGUGAGCGGGUGGAGGAGUACCACCAGCGCUAUGGCUACUUGAAGUCCUUCGCAGGCCUGCUAAGGAUCCUGGGCUGCUUUGAGCUGCUGCUGGGGGCGGCAGCAUUUGCCUGCAUCUGCGCCUAUGUCCACAAGGACAACGAGUGGUUCAACAUGUUUGGCUAUUCCACGCCACAGCUCUAUGGUGGACUAGGUGUUGGGGCAGCUGCUAAUGGACAGGUCUACUAUACUGGUCCCAAGACAGCCUUUGUGCUGGUGGUAGCUGGUCUAGCAUGGAUAGUGACUGUAGCUGUUUUAGUUCUUGGAAUGACUAUGUAUUAUCGCACCAUCCUUUUAGAUUCUUCCUGGUGGCCUCUGACGGAGUUCACGAUAAAUCUGGCCUUAGGGGUGUUGUAUUUAGCAGGGGCAAUAGUGUAUGUGAGGGACACCACACGUGGGGGUUUAUGCAAACACCCCGUUUUCAAUAAUGGUGUUAAUGGGGCAUUUUGUCACGUUGAAGCAGGGCAGUCAGUAGCUAUUGUCCUUCUUUUCAUCACCACUAUAACCUACCUGAUCGGUGCAGGGGUGUGUCUGAAACUGUGGAGACACGAGGCAGCACGGCUCAGGAAGGAGGGGCUGGCACAGGAGAUGACGACCGUUGGCUCGUCGAUACCUCUGUCUGUAGUGGGUCCAGGCUCAAGGACAUCACAGCAGACCCCUCUGCCUACAUACCAGCAAGAAAGGAUGGAUGGCCAGGCCAUAACCCCACCAGCUCCGCUCAUGACAAUGGAGCCUGAGAUUGUGCGACGGCCCAUCCCGGCUGGACACAUUCCCAAGCCUGUCAUUAUAGCGGACUACUUGCAGAAGUACCCUCCCAUACGCUCAGCAGAGGAGCGGGAACGCUACAAGGCCGUGUUCAAUGACCAGUAUGCCGAGUACAAGGAGCUGCAUGCUGAAGUUCAGUUCAUGGCCAUGAGGUUUGAGGAGAUGGACCAAAUGAUGCAUAACCUGCCCUACCGCCCUCACAGCCAGAUGGAAAAAGAGCGCAUUGAAAAGAUGGUGAUGGAGUAUCAGAGGAAGAAAACUGACCCAACGUUUUUGGAAAAGAAAGAAAGGUGUGAGUAUCUGAAGAGCAAGCUUUCCCAUAUCAAGAAGAUGAUCCAGGAGUUCAACAAGGCUGCGGAGCUGAAGGACGACUUCCUCAGACUCACUGUGCGCUCCGUCAGACCGGAUAUUCACCAUCGGAUAUUGCACUUUUUCAAAUUUAAACGGAGUGGUGGCCCCAGGAUGCCGUCCCAUAAACCCAGCCCCCCGCCCUACCAGCCCGGGAACCACAGACACCAUGGGAGCAGGCAUAAGCACAGCGAGCGCAUCUCCAAUCCUGCCUUUUCCUACUACCCUCAUGAGGAGAUGCUUCACUUCUACCGCUGGACCUCACCUCCGGGCGUGAUGAAAAUCAUGUCUAUCAUCAUCAUCAUACUGUGUGUUGCUGUGUUCGCCUGUGUUGCUUCCACAUUGGCCUGGGAUUAUGACAUAAGCACGAUGGGACUAGGCGGUGGCAUCGGAGCUGGUUUGAUGCCGGGUUAUGGCUACGGUGGCUCGUACGGUGGCUCGUACGGCGGCUCAUACGGGAGUGGCAUUGGUAGCGGUGGCUCAUAUGGUAACAAUGGGGGACAAUACAUGGAUCCCAAAGCUGGCAAAGGCUUUAUCAUUGCCAUUGCAGGCAUUACCUUUAUUGCGGUGCUCAUCAUCUUUAUUUUGGUGGUGUCACGGCAAAGUGCUUCCCAGUCCCCAAAGUUCUACCUAGCUGCCAUUAUCAUAUGUGCAAUCCUGGCAUUCCUAAUGAUCAUAGCCACCAUAGUGUACCUGGUGGCAGUGAACCCAACAGCCCAGUCCUCUGGCUCCAUGUACUACAACCAGAUUCGCCAGCUGUGUGCCCAGUACCAGAACCAGAACCAGGCCCAGGGACUCUUCAUCAACCAGUACCUUUAUCAUUACUGUGUGGUGGAGCCCCAAGAGGUCAUAGCCAUUGUCGUUGGAUUCCUGGUGUUUGUUGCCUUGAUUAUCCUGCUGGUGUUUGCAGUGAAGACGCGCUCCAAGAUCAGGAAUUGGGGCCAAGAUCGUAUCAUCUGGGAGGAGGUGAAGGCUAUCAGUGGUGGUUUACCCAACAGCAUUGGAGAAUGGGUCAAGAAUGUUUCCGGUGAGCCAGAAGCCCUGGUAAAUGACUCCAACAAAAAUGGGGGGGGUUCAAGGAACUACUUGGAUCGGCUUGACAAUGAUAAACCCCUUUACCUGCCCGGAGACUCUGACAUCACCAGCUCUCUAGGAGGCCUGAAGAACAAGUUAAAGGAGUUUGACACUGGGGCUGAGUCUGAAGAUGAGCUAGAAGCGGACUUCAGCAUUGAGUUUCCAUCCAUUGUAAAUGAGGAAGAACGUCAGGGCUACAAGAGGGAAUUUGAGAGAGACCACCAGGAGUAUAAGAGCCUGCAGAUGGAGCUCUAUGACGUUAAUCGCAGCCUGGCUGACGUUAACAGAGAACUUGACAAACACCCAGAUGGCAGUCCCCAGUUUCUGGAUGCUUUGGACGAAUACACCAGACUAUUGAAUCUCAAAAAGUCUUCAGAGUACCAGAUGAAGAAGAAGCGAUGCAAGUAUCUCAAGUCCAAACUGUCCCAUAUCAAGAGAAAACUCAGCGAGUAUGACUACCGACCAUGAACCCCAACAGGAAGCUGUUCUUGCCCACACUGUUACUCCCAGUCCGUUUUUGAUAUGAACACGAAUCUGUAUGUAUGGAGUUGCUGUAUUAGAAACAUUUAUCUUUAUCUGAUUACUGCAUAUGCCAAGUUUAGUUUUGCCAGAUUAGAGGAUCGGUAAUGAAAACAUGGAUGUAAAUGUUUUAAUUUUUCGAUCUCUUUGAUCAAUCGCUCACUCUCUGACUUGUGGAAGUCAAUUUUAAUGAAGUGUAUAAAGUGCAUGUUUUCUCUGCUACUUACGUUUGAAGGAGAGAAAGGUGAAUGCCAAUCAACUUGUUUUUAUUCCAUUUUUUUAUUAUUAUUAUUUAAUGCAGUUUUUAAAAUGUCAAUUUUCUUGGCCAGUGAAGAAUUGAGACAUGUGCACUAUAUCUGACAUUACAAACCAUGCCUUUAAAAUGUGAUUAUACACUUUGGUUGUAAUAAAGAAUUCAAAUUGUUG